AUGUCCUCUCCUCCCUCCUCAAUCCCCGCCCUCCAAACCCUCCUCGAAACCCUCCUCUCAAACCCCGACCCAACCCUCCCCUCACCCCCCAACCUCAAAAAACGCGCCUCCAUAGCCCUAAUAAUCCGCCUCUCCCCCUCCUACACCCACCCUCCCCCAACAAAACCAGACUCCCCACCCAGCACCCUCGAAGAACUCUUCUCCCCCCCUUGGACCACCCACUCCACCCCCGAAAUCCUCUUCAUCAAACGCUCAGCCCGUCCCUCCGACCCCUGGACCUCUCACAUAGCUCUCCCAGGCGGAAAACGCGACCCCACAGACCCCUCAGAUUUACAAACCGCAAUUCGCGAAACCGAAGAGGAAAUCGGCAUAAAUUUAGAAGAAGAUGCUGUGUUUUGUGGGGGGUUACCACAGAGGGUUAUUACGACGCGAUGGGGGAAAGAGGCGUUGAUGGUGUUGUGUCCUUUUGUUUUUAUUCUCAAGGGAAGGGGGGCUGGGGAGUUGAGGGUUAGGGCUAGUGAAGUUGCUAGUGCGCAUUGGGUUCCGCUUGAAGAGUUGAGGGGGAAGGAGAGGAGGACUGUGGUUUUUGAGGAUGUUGUGGGGAAGAAAUUCGAGGGUGGGGUGCUGAAGAAGUGGGUUUUACGGAGGGUUUUGGGGAGGAUGGUUUUUGCUGGUGUGGUUUUGGAACCUAUGGAAUCUGUACAUAGUCGCAUCUCAGAGGAGGAUGGGGUUUUGGAUUGUCGAUAUUUGCCGCCUUCUGUUCCUUCUUGGUGGGAGAGGUUGGUGGGGAGUUGGUGGGAGUUUCCUGGCACGUUUCCGCCUAGAAGGGAAGCUCCGUUGAUUCUUUGGGGGUUGACUUUGGGUGUGAUUUGUGAUUUUCUGGAAUUAUUACCACCCCCAACGACGACGACGACGACGACUGCGACAAAAGAUUCGGGGAUGGAAAUGUGGACGUUUCCUACUUUUACCCCUCCGGAUGUACGGUUCGCGAUCUGGUUAUUAACCUAUCGCUGUAAAAUUCGAAGGAGAGUGGAAUUGCAAUCCGGGGCGGAGAUUCAAAAUCCUCAUCCAGGAGGAGGAGGAGGCGGAGUGAAUCUUGGAGCUUUGACGCAGAGUGCUCGGGUUACGGGUAUAGACACUUCGACGGAAUGUCUGGUACCAAAGACUUCUGAGGGGAAAGGGGAUGAUAAGAGGGACGGGAGGUCGUUGGAAGGGUGGGUUGAGUGGUUGGCUGGGAAGGUUUUGCCGGAAUGUACUGAUCGGUCUAGGUAUUUUGAGUUGGUGAGGAGGGCGGUGGUGUUGGUUUUGAUUGGGRGGUUGGGGGUUGGGGGUUUUUUGGGGUGGGUUUUGUGGAGGGGUUUGAAGAGGAGGAGGAUUGGAGGUGGGGUUGCUGUUGUUUCGGGGUAG